AUGUCUCUACCCGUCCUCUCGCGGCCUGCUGCAGACCCGCCGAAAGGUGCUCUGCCCCCCAUUCCUCAAGCACCUUCUACCCGCAAGACCCCGCCAACUGCGACGCCUUCCCGCUUGAAGACUCCGACGCGUCCGUCCGCUCUUCCAACACCUCAUUCACAAUCUACAACUGAUCUACCACGGGCAGCAUCAUCAUCAGGACGAGCCUCCGGCAUUCCCUCUUCUAAAACCAUACGGAAAGUCACCAGUAUUGGAUCUUUUCCCGUACCUCCAACCCCCACUUCGCGACCAAACUCGAGUGACUCUCUGGCCGACAAGAAGCGAACUUCAGAUGUCAGCACAACUUUGACCAAAAGCAAGAAGCUACCAAGAGCCAGUAUUGCAAGCACAGCGAGCUUUCGAGGUUCGCAGACGCCUAGUUUGCUGAACUCGGCUGGUGAUGCCAACACAAUACCUCUCUCGAAGAACCGCAUCUCAGACGCCCAAUCAAGCGUACACUCACCUCCACACAGCCGAAGCUCCUCCGCCCAGGGUUCUUAUUCCACCACUGCUACUACCAUUGAAGAGGAUGGAGAUGAGUCACGUGGACGGGCAAAAGACAUUGACGACUUUGCGCCAUCUGCGAACAGAGACUCAAAAGGUGGCAAGGAAUCUAAAGGAAAUGUCCUUGUCAGUGUUCGCGUCCGACCUGAUGUCGGUCAACAGGACAAGUCACAAAGCGACGGAGAGUGGAUGGUGGAUGGUCGGAGGUCUUUGAUCGCAUAUCGCGGUAAAGAAGGCGGCGAUUACCACUAUGACAACGUCUUUGGCACAUACGACGACAAUUCGAGAGUCUACGACUCUAUCGCAAAGAGACUAGUUCGUCGAGUCAUGGAAGGCUAUCAUGGCACGGUCUUCGCCUACGGAAUGACAGGAACUGGCAAGACGUUCUCUAUGCAGGGAACCAUGUCCAGCCCCGGUGUCAUCCCUCUCGCAAUCACCGACAUUUUCUCCUACAUCCGCGAAACACCUCACCGGGAGUUCUUGCUCCGGGUAUCUUACCUCGAGAUCUACAAUGAGAAAAUCCACGACCUGCUCGCUGCACCACCGGGUGGAGUCGGACCUGGUCAGCAGCAGGAUGAGAUCAAACUACGAGAAGACCCUAAGCGCGGCGUCUACGCUACUCCGCUCAAGGAAGAAAUCGUACAAAGCCCAACGCAAUUGCUUCGCGUCAUCCAUCGAGGUGACAUGGCUCGAAGAACGGGUACUACUCAAUGGAAUUCUCGAAGCUCGCGAAGUCAUGCGGUUGUCCAGAUUGUGGUGGAGAGUCGAGAACGUGUCUCUGGCUCAUCGAUGCAAGAUGGCAAGCGGGUUGGCAUGCUUCCAGGUGGUGUCAGAGUUUCGACUCUGAGCUUGAUCGAUCUGGCUGGUUCGGAGAGAGCCGCGGAGGACAAGGAGCGCCGGACGGAAGGUGCACACAUCAACAAAUCACUACUCACCCUUGGAACGGUAGUCAGCAAACUUUCAAGCACCAAGGAUAAGAACGGCAACCCGAUCGACAAAGAUGGAAAGCAUCUCCCCUACCGUGACAGCAAACUCACUCGACUACUACAGGGUGCGCUAUCGGGCAAUUCUCUGGUGUCCAUUCUCUGUACCAUCCAGCUUGGCUCUCACGGCAGCGUUGCCACAGCCCAGAACCAUACUGGCGAGACUCUCAAUACUCUGAAAUUUGCCGCUCGAGCCAAGAACAACAUCGUCAGUCAUGCCAAGCGAGCUCUCGAGGAGUCUGGCAGCGUCAAUGCUGGCCUCUUGGAGCGCUACAAGUCCGAGAUUCAAAAUUUGAGAAGCCAGCUUGAAAAGCAACAACAUGCUGCCGUGGAGAAAGAGGAGAAGGUGAUUGAAAAAGAAGCCGACCAGAGGCACGAGGAGCAAAUGCUUGAAAUGCAAUUGGCCCGAACUGCCUUGAAAGAGCGGAUCGAGCACCUGAACCGGCUCAUCCUUUGUUCCAAGUCGACUGGUGUGAACAGCGGCACUGUGUCGGCUCUGGGAAUGCAUUCACGCCUGUCAGGUGAUCAGGGAGAGCUCAGUGGCAGUCGCUCGCUUCGGUCAUCAGCCAGCCAGUCCACUCUUGGUGUCACGCCUUCGUUCCCUCGUCAACCAUCGAUGCAGUCUUUGCCCGGUGGUCUGAGAGUCUCCGGCCACCUGUCAGCUUCAUAUUCGCCCUUGAAUGAAGACGAUGAAGAACCUACAGGUGACUUUGGAGAUGGCGUGGCUUCCAUCCAAGCACAAAACCGAGCUCUACAGAGUGAUAUCCAGGACAAGAAUCGGUAUAUUGCAACUUUAGAGAAGCGACUACUACAGGCACGACGGUCGAGUCACUCCAGAGUAUCGAUGGGCUUCAACAGCAAACCUGCCGAUGCCGAUGACAUGGCACGUAAGCUGGAUGAAAAGGAUGCUCAGAUUGCCGACCUUCAGCGUACGGUGGCAGCGCUUCGAUCAGCUGUUCGAAAGCGCGAGACGGCCGAACUCAGUCCAGACAUGUUGCAGACGGAGAUGAAGACACACAAGCCGGAGGGUAGCCAGGACAGCAAAACCAACAGCAUCGACAACAAGAGUGUAUCAGCUGACUCGAGUGGGCCCAAGUCACCUGGUCUCUCGAAGAGUCCCAUGAUGCUACUCUCUCCGCAAAAAGAUCCCAACUUGCGCCGCAAGUCGGUAGAUGAGAUGUCCAAAAUGCUGGAUGAGAUGAUCCAGGAUAAGGUGGAGAGUGGACAUCUGAUCAAGGGUAGAACCGGCUCAGUCCGAGCUCCACCUCGUGUAGGGUCUCGACGACACUCGCGACGCAACUCGAGCGCACCAAGCCCGGGCAUGGCAUCAAUGGCCGCCUCCCUGCGGGAUUCCGUUGUGCCUGAGGUGGUGGCAGAACCCGAGACCAUGAGCACAACAUGA